AGGGGAAGAAACUAGUCUAGUACAGCUAUAACACAAGUGGUCAUGAAAACUAUUUUCAAACUGACGACCUUUCUUUUGUCCUAAAAUCCUCGUCGCUCCGCUAAUACACAUAAUAUGUGCUAUUUUUUAUGAUGACGUUUAAUUGGUUAUGGAGAGAUUAAUGAGGACGGUUUCGUUUGGGGAAAAUCAUGGCCCGAGAUCCGGAGAAAGGAAACUAUUGAGUUGACAUAGACGGCCUAACUCACCACACCUUUGAUCACACCUGCAAUUGGAGAUUCAUUUGAUUAUGUUUGUGAAUUUUUCCCGGUUCGAGAGCGUUGCUAAAAUAACGAUAAGUUCGAAAUAAAAUAUUUGUAUGCAAAAGGCGACAUAUCAGUUCUAAAAUGGGAUUGGCCGUGUUCUUUGGGUGCUCAUUUAUAACUUUCGGACCGGCUUUUGCAUUGCUUAUGUUUACUGUGACAGACAGUCCUGUUCGAGUGAUUAUAUUGGUGGUAGGGGCCAGUUUAUGGCUGGUCGGUCUCGUGCUGUCCUCUUUGAUGUGGUAUGCCCUAGUAUCCCUCUGUGGUGGCUCAGAUCCAAACCUGCAGCUGCAGCUUCUAGCAGCGGUGGCGGCAGUGGCUGUGUUUAUUCAGGAGGCGCUCAGGGCUGCUUCCUACAAGCUACUAAGAUUUUUUUCUCACGAGACAACACAUGCAGCUCUUGCCAGUUUUGUUGUGAAAGGAGGACCUACCCUUUCUCUGCAACAAAAGGCCUUCGUCAGUGGUCUGGCCUUUGGCCUAAUGAGCUCAGCCUUUUCCUUUGCCAACAUCCUGUCAGUGUCGCUGGGGCCGGGCAUUGUGGGAAUUCACGGGGAAUCGUCUCACUUCUUCAUUACCUCUGCCUUUCAGGCCAUGAUGCAGUCCGGCCUGCAGGUCUGCUGGUCAGUGCUGCUCUUCUCUGCCUGUGAGAGGCGGAGCUGGGCCAGGGGUGUUGCCGUGGUGCUGUCACACCUGCUGAGCUGUGGACUGUCUUUUCUGAACCCUCGCUAUUGUCUAAGCCUGCUGCUGCAGAGUGUCCUGCUGGUUGCCGUGGUGAUGUGGUCUUGGGUGGAGGCUGGAGGGCGUGGGUGUCCAUGUUUGCUGCGCAUUGGAGGCCGGCCUUUAACGAAGGUGGAAGCGGUACAGUAUUCUGCCCUAAGGAGUCCUGUGGAACACUGAUGCAGUACCCAUCCCUGCCUGAACCACAAUCGGGGCAGCACUGAGACACAAUUCUGUGAUUGCAGUGCAUUUGUCUUACUCUCAUAUAAAUUUGUUUGCACUUGCAAGGUCAAUAGACAAGCACUGUUUUAUUUUAUUGAUGGUUUAUGGAAUCGGACUGUACUCAUACACUAUUACAGUGUUUUCAUUAUACAGGCGCUGACAUUUGUCAAUGUUUGUAUUAUGAACCAUUACCUCUAUACUGUGAUAAUAUUGGCACUGAAUUGGAUAAUGGCUCUGAAAUGUUUAACAUUUAAUGAAAGUAUGCUUAUGAUGAUACAUAGAAAGAGGAAUACAGAACAAGACUUAGCUUUUGACCUUUCUUAUCACAAUGCAGUGCCAGAAUCCAGUCUGGAAGAGCCACAGUGUCUGCUGUUUUUUUGAAGUAUUUCAGCACCAGUAGUUCAUUUAAGUUGUUGUUGUUUGGAAUAUGCACUCUUUGUUCUCAAUGCUUUAAUUGGCCUCUGAUUGAAAGGAAACUACAAAUUCCUGCAGACAUUGCAGCCCCUCAGGACUCACCUGUCUUUUAUCAGGUCAAAGUGCACUAUUGGGCAAUGUCAUUGACCAGUUUUUGGUUUCCUGCUAUGUUGUGCUGUGUAUUAUGAUAUCUCUCUUACCUGUACCUAAAUGUGGAAUAUGUUUUUUUUUUUUGCAUAGAAAAAUAGCAGAGACAUUUAUCGUGGCACUUUUUUGAAUCGU